UACUUAAUUUCCUGUGUCACCUGAAUGCACCACUCGUCACUUCCUGUGUUACAGGUGAUAAGAAUGAGCGUAAUUAGCCUGCCUCCUUCGAGUCUUCAGUUGUCUUUAGUGUCGUUUAACUGUUUGUUUGUACAUGAAGAAUCAUGAACGUCACAGACAGUAACGUGAUUCGCUUUCACCUCCAGGUCCUUCACGGCAUCACCGUGAGGAGCUUUGAGAGGAAGAAGGAGAGACUGUUAAUCGGCGGUUCAAAAAUCUUUGGUGUCCCUCUGGAAAAUGUCCCCAGGAACUACAUCCCUGAGUUUGGGCUCGUGCCCUGUUUUUUGGUGGACGCUUGCUCUUUUCUCCUGGAGCGAGCUGCGACCGUGGGCCUGUUCAGAAAACCAGGCUCCAUUCCUCGCAUCAAAUCCCUCAGGUCUAAGUUGAACAGUGGAAACGGGAGUCUGUGUGGCGCACUCUCCUACGACGUGGCCACUCUGAUCAAACAGUUCUGCAGGGAACUGCCUGAGCCUCUGUUUCCUUCCGAGCUCCACGAGUCUCUGCUCAAAGCUCAGUCUCUGACCAGCGUGCAGGACAGGACGUCAGCCCUACAGCUGCUGUCCUGCCUGUUACCGGCCAGAAACGCCUCCUGUCUGCACUACCUGUUCAACUUCCUGUCCAAGGUCUCCCAAAGAUGUUCAGAGAACCUGAUGACCAGCUCUAACCUUGCUACCGUCUUCGCUCCGUGUCUUUUGCCUCCGCCCAACAAGGCCGAGAUGUCUGAAGGACGACUGGAGCUCAGAGUCCUCGUCCUGGGCGCCUUCAUCGAAAAUCCUCACCUUUUUGGUGUGAUUCCCAAGGCUGUAAUGGACAGUGUGGAAUUCCUGUUGAACUUCCGUUGUCCGAAAAGCGCUCCUUCAAAGAAAGGACAAAGGAAAAGACACAGUUUUAAAGUGAUCCGCUCUGUGAAGACCGCGCCCUGGAAUCAGGGCAAGUCAAAGGUCACGCCCACGGUCUCUGAGCCGAGUCAAGAGUCCACAUCAGGGGUCAAACAGACACUCAGGAGAAGCGUCGGUUUGGCAACGUUCCCCAACGUCCUCCUCUUUAGAACGUGUACAGCAACAGAUGUGAUGGAUUGUUCCAGUCCCAUUUUCAAGGCCUCGAGGACUCCACAGGACAGACUGUUGAGACGGGAUGUGUGCCUGGAUUAUAUCCACAGGUUGAGCCGAGGACGAGACUCUGCAGACGACCUGCCCGUCCUCACAGCUGCAGGUAAACUGCAGCUCACGCCCUGGAGACGACGGUCGUCUCUGUAGUUUAACGAGAAAUCACCGUGAUGAUGAUGAUGAUGAUGAUGAUGAUGAUGAUGAAAUGUCCACUCAGUAUUUUAAUUUAAAGACAUGUUUAUAUUUAGACGCUGGCCUGGAGUGGUUUCUGGUGUCAGGUCACAUAACGUGUAUUUUAACCUUUUACAUUUUAAAAUUUUCACAACAACUUUUAUUAAGAUUUGACUUUUAUAUAUGUAUAUAUCAAAUGAAUAAAUAUUUAAACUUUUUUUUCCCCCCUAAAUCUCUCUGCUGGAAACCAAAGCUCCAAACUAUCUAUCAUCUAUAAAGACGCAAUUAUUAAUUAUUUGAGUGAUUAUUGAGUGCAGAUUGUGGAGCUUUUACUUUUUUACGAAAUUAAACUUUGCAGAACAAGUAAAA